AUGUUUAUCAAGAAGAAAUCAUCGUUCAGAAUCUACUAUGCAAUUCUGAAAGCAUUCGGAUUAACACUUUGUAUAAUUUUCAUAUUACAAAUAUAUUUCAUGCGUACAACUGUCAAAUAUGUUACCCUACGAAAUCACUCUGAAGAAGCAAUUAUUAUACCCAAUAUGGCACAUAUUAACUGCAAACGCACAUGUCGUACUAUUUGUAAGAAUAUUGACAGUAUUCCAUCGAGUAAUGUGAGUGCAUUGAAACCAAUUGGGAAAAUGCCAUUCAAUGGUGAAUUCAAUGAAGAGGUGAAUCCAAUCAACGACACAUUUUAUUCACAUGAUCUUGGUGGCGGUUGGAUGUUUAAGGAGGAGACGACGAAUUGCAACAAUGUUCCACAAUCCGGUGUAGCAAUCAUCAUUGUUUGUAGAGAUAGAUGGAAACAACUGAAUAAUACAUUGUCCGCUCUGAUUCCAGUUCUCCAGAGACAACAUUUGUGUUACCAAAUAUUUGUUAUUGAACAACAGGGUACUGGUAUUUUGAACAAAGCUCAGUUGAUGAACAUUGGUUUUAUUGAAGCACGUAAACGUUUCGAUUUCGACUGUGUUAUAUUUCAUGAUGCCGACUUAAUACCAUUGGAUGAUAGAAUACCACAUGGUUGUGAUGAAGAGAUGAUGGAGAGUGUGGUUCAUUUGAGUGUUGGAGUGAGUUCAUGGAAUUAUUUUUUACCUUACCAAUCAUUGAUCGGUGGUGUUUUGAAAAUAUCGACUUCACACUUUAUACAAGUUAAUGGUUAUUCGAAUAUUUAUUGGGGUUGGGGUGGAGAGGACGAUGAUUUGGAGAGGCGACUGAAAGCAUCAAAAAUUAUGUAUAAACACAUUGAAAAGUCAAUAGGCAGAUAUCUGGCUCAACCUCACACUAAACAGGUUCGAGCGAAUAGACUUUUAGUACUUGAUUCAUUAAAAAAUGCUGCCAGUCGUAUGUUCAUUGAUGGGUUGAAUUCUGUAAAAUAUAAAGUUUCAGCCUAUUCUGAGAAGCAACACUACACACAUUUUUUAAUUACAUUAAAAUAA